AUGUCGUCGGAGCUGCGCGCGCCGCCUGCAAUCCGACGGGGAAAUACGGCCGACGACGGCUGUGGUCGUACAGGUCAAGACGUUCGCCUUGUCUUGUUCCCACUCCCGUCAAGGACGACGAUCCGUCUGGAACCGUUAUUGUGACAACAGUGUAAUCUUCUGUCUGGAUCGCCUUUCGAAACCCGUCUUGUCACGGAGUUAAUCGAUAUUCUUCUAUUUAAUGAUGACGUUCAAGAGAAACAUCAACAACGUGAGCAGUCUGUGGUCUCUUGGGAUGAUUGA